ACACCAUGUUACUACGGAUAUAAGCACCAGGGAUGCGUAGGAGUGUCAUACAAAACAGAAAAUCGCACUUGCUGCAAUCCAGGUCCAACAACAACAACAAGAACCACACCGACAACAACCACCCUGACGCCAACAACGACUUCAACAACAACUACAACAUCAACAACAACAGUAACACCAACUACAACUACAAUUACUACACAGGCUUGUCCAAGAUGGGGCGAUUGGGGACAGUGGGGUUCUUGUUCUGAAUCGUCUUGUCCUAUUAUUCCUGACCACCCCGGUUAUCCGAAGGAUACAAAGCGAAAACGACAGUCUUGUGUCUUAAAAAGGGAAACAACUUGCACACGGAGCAAGUCAUGUGAGCAAUGUAAUGGCAGCACUGGUGACUGCACUACCCCACAACCAUUCGAAACAAAAAUAUUAAUGUGCUGCGCGGAUUGAUUAAGAUGACCUUGACACGACACAGGUCCGACAACAAACCUGAAACAGUUCGAGGCGAAACAAGUAUAAUCAAUAUAUCUAAUUACAUUAAAAUGUGAUUACUUAAUAAAGACCAAUCCAUUAUUGCUGUAAAAAGAAAAUGUUUUUUUUAAAUGUGUAUCUUAAAAUUAAGUUUUGCUUUCAUGAUAUUAAUUCAUGAUCCUUUGUUUCUUGGCGACUGCUGUUUGCUGGUUGCAUUUAAUUGCUUUACUCGUGAUAAAUUUAGAUUCGUUUGCCAUAAGUUUAUUUGCACAUUACAGAUGAAGUAGUAUUACUAUAACAAGCUACAGUAUCAUAAUAACUUUGAUAUUGGACUAUUUCUGGACCUGUCAAAAGCGUUUGACACUGUCGACCACCAAAUUUUACUUGACAAGCUAGAUUUUCAUGGCUUGAGAGGUAGUGUAAAAAUUUAAAAACUAGUUCACUUCUUACUUAAAGGACAGAAAACAAAUCACAUGUUAUAAUAGUAACUCUGAACUAAGAUCAAAACAAUGGCAGGAGAGAAACAAAUGUUAACAAAAUCUAUUAUCUGUAUCCACAUUACUAUUCCAACCUUUUUUGCUACUAUGCAGGAUAUCUCAGUGC